AUGGAUCUGGCUAUCAUUCUGCAAGCUGCUCUGAGUCCGAAUCCCGAUGAACGGAAGGGCGCUGAGCAGAGGUUGGAUGAGAUGCAGUACGCCCCACAGCAUCCGGUCAGCCUCUUCCAAAUCAUCGUCGACACCAACCGCGAUAUGGCCGUUCGACAAGUUGCCGCCAUCCAUUUCAAGAACUUCAUCGCCAAGAAUUGGUCUCCCGAUCACCACAGCACAAUCUCCGUCUCACCCUCCGACAAAGAAAUUCUUCGGAAUCACAUUCUCCUCUUUCUCCCUCAACUUCCUCCUCUCCUGAGGGUGCAGCUCGGUGAGUGCCUCAAAACAGUUAUCCAUUCGGAUUAUCCGGAGCAGUUUCCUCAUCUUCUGGACUGGAUCAAGCAUAACUUACAGGAUCAACAACAAGUCCACGCCGCUUUGUUUGUGCUGCGGAUUCUUUCUAGAAAAUACGAGUUCAAGUCCGAUGAGGAGAGGACGCCUGUUUAUGGUGUUGUUCAGCAGACGUUUCCUCUGCUCCUCAAUAUUUUUAACGCCUUCAUCCAAAUUGCUAAUCCCUCAAUCGAAGUUGCAGACUUGAUCAAGCUUAUCUGUAAAAUAUUCUGGUCCUCCAUCUACUUGGAGGUUCCAAAGCUUUUGUUUGAUCAGAAUGUAUUCAAUGCUUGGAUGGUGCUGUUUUUAAACGUGUUAGAGAGGCCUGUUCCAUUGGAAGGUCAGCCUGCCGAUCCCGAGCUUCGCAAGUCAUGGGGUUGGUGGAAGGUAAAAAAAUGGACAGUUCACAUUCUAAAUAGGCUCUAUACUCGAUUUGGUGACUUGAAGCUGCAAAACCUGGAAAACAAAGCCUUUGCCCAAAUGUUUCAGAAGCAUUAUGCUGGUAAGAUCCUGGACUGCUACUUAAGUCUGCUGAAUGUCAUUCGAGUUGGUGGCUAUUUACCAGACAGAGUUAUCAACCUGGUUCUUCAGUAUCUAAGCAACAGUAUUUCGAAGAAUAGCAUGUAUGCUGCACUGCAACCUCGGCUUGAUGUUCUUCUUUUUGAAAUAGUUUUCCCUCUUAUGUGCUUUAAUGACAAUGAUCAAAAGCUUUGGGAUGAAGAUCCACAUGAAUAUGUAAGAAAAGGCUAUGACAUUAUUGAAGACUUGUAUAGUCCCAAAACUGCUUCCAUGGAUUUUGUGAGUGAAUUGAUUCGAAAACGUGGGAAAGAUAAUCUCCACAAGUUUAUACAAUUCAUGGUUGAAAUUUUGAAAAGGUAUGAUGAAACACCUGCAGAAUACAAACCCUAUAGACAGAAAGAUGGUGCUCUUCUUGCCAUUGGAGCACUUUGUGACAAAUUGAAGCACACUGAGCCGUACAAAUCGGAGCUUGAGCAUAUGUUAGUUCAACAUGUCUUUCCUGAGUUCAACAGUCCGGUUGGCCACCUUAGGGCCAAGGCUGCAUGGGUUGCAGGACAAUAUGCCCACAUUAGCUUCUCAGAUCAGAAUAAUUUUCGGAAUGCAUUGCAGUGUGUUGUAGGUGGAAUGCGAGAUCCUGAACUUCCUGUUCGCAUUGAUUCUGUUUUUGCUUUGCGUUCUUUUGUCGAGGCUUGCAAAGAUUUGAAUGAAAUUCGACCCAUUCUCCCUCAACUCCUUGAUGAGUUCUUCAAACUUAUGAAUGAAAUUGAGAACGAGGACCUUGUAUUUACCUUGGAGACUAUUGUGGACAAGUUUGGGGAAGAAAUGGCACCUUAUGCACUUGGGCUGUGCCAAAAUUUGGCAGCUGCCUUUUGGAGGUGCAUGAACACUGCUGAAGCUGAUGAUGAAGCUGAUGAUCCAGGUGCUCUUGCGGCUGUUGGUUGUUUGCGUGCUAUUAGCACGAUACUUGAAUCAGUGAGCAGUCUUCCUCACCUCUUUGUUCAAUUUGAGCCAACCUUGCUUCCCAUUAUGCGAAGAAUGUUAACAACUGAUGGUCAAGCAGAGGUUUUUGAAGAAGUUUUGGAGAUUGUAUCUUAUAUGACUUUUUUCUCUCCAACAAUAUCCUUGGAAAUGUGGAGUCUUUGGCCACUAAUGAUGGAAGCACUAGCAGAUUGGGCAAUUGACUUUUUCACAAAUAUUCUGGUUCCUUUGGACAAUUAUAUUUCAAGGGGAACUGCUCAUUUCCUUACUUGCAAAGAACCAGACUAUCAACAGAGUCUGUGGAAUAUGAUUUCAUCGGUUAUGGCAGACAAAAAUAUGGAGGACAAUGAUAUUGAGCCAGCUCCGAAGCUAGUUGAAGUUUUCCUUCUGAACUGCAAAGGGCAGGUUGAUCAAUGGGUUGACCCAUAUAUCAGAAUUACUGUUGAACGCCUGCAUCGAACUGAAAAAUCACAUUUGAAAUGUCUUCUGAUGCAAGUGAUUGCAGAUGCGUUUUACUACAAUGCAGCACUGACUCUCACCAUACUGCAAAAGCUAGGUGUUGCAUCUGAAAUCUUCAAUCUUUGGUUUAAUAUGUUGCAAGAAGUGAAAAAGAAUGGCCUGCGUGCUAAUUUCAAGAGGUCUGUAUUUUCCUGCCUCUUCACCAUCCCCCUUCACUUUGCUUCUAUGGAACAUGACAAGAAAGUUUGUUGCCUUGGUUUGACAUCAUUACUUGCACUUCCGACUGGUCAAUUGCCUGGAGAUGCUCUUGGCCAGGUGUUGCGGGCCACUCUUGAUCUUUUGGUUGCAUACAAGGAUCAAGUUGCAGAAGCUGCAAAAGAGGAAGGAGCUGAAGAUGAUGAUGAUAUGGAUGACUUUCAAACUGAUGAUGAAGAUGAGGAUGGAAAUGGUUCUGACAAGGAAAUGGGAAUUGAUGCUGAGGAUGGGGAUGAAGCUGACAGUAGUAAAUUUAGAAAGUUGGCUGAACAGACAAAGACAUUUAGGCCCAACGAUGAGGAUGAUGAUGAUUCAGAUGAUGACUUUAGUGAUGAUGAAGAGUUGCAAUCCCCAAUUGAUGAUGUGGAUCCUUUUGUUUUCUUUGUCGAUACAAUGAAAGUGUUGCAAUCAUCAGAUCCAUUGGGGUUUCAAAACCUCACCCAGACACUCGAGUUCUCUUAUCAAGCUCUUGCAAAUGGUGUUACACAGCAUGCUGAGCUGAGAAGAGGAGAGAUUGAAAAGGAAAAGUUAGAGAAGAGUUUGGUGCCUCGGCCUAUCCAUUGGAUGACGCGGCAAUGGCUUGAUAAUGCUACUUCUUUGGCGUUUUUCUGCUGUCACAUAGACAGACCAAAGGGAAGCAACAUUGACUUGAGAAGAGAAGCGAAGUGGAAGUGCAAGAUGGAGUUCGACGCUGAUGAUAUCUUCAGAGACGACGAAGACGACGCCGAAGCUCAACUCUCGCUCCUCGAAAAUGAGUCGAGCAAAGAAUACGUUGUUUACCUGGUCGAUGCUUCACCUAAAAUGUUCAACACCAUUUGCCCUGCGGAAGAAGAGCAGGAGGUUGAAACUCACUUCCACAUUGCUAUCUCUUGUAUAUCUCAAACACUAAAGACUCAAAUCAUUAACAAAUCCUACGACCAAGUUGCCAUAUGCUUUUUCAAUACUAGGGAGAAGAAGAAUUUACAAAACUUAAACAGUGUUUUUGUUUUUACUGUUCCGGAAAGAGAGUUUCUAGACAGGCCAACAGCAAGGCUUAUUAAAGAAUUUGACCAGUUAGAGGGUAAGUUUUCGGGCUUUCUUGCUGUGGUGGUGGAUAUAGACAACCAUUUUGAAUCAUUUUCAAAAAAUGUUGGAAGCCAGCAUGGCAUUGUGUCUGAAACUCGAGAAAAUUCUCUAUACAAUGCUAUCUGGGUGGCUCAAGCACUUCUUCGUAAAGGGUCAGCAAAGACAGUUGAUAAACGCAUACUUUUGUUCACAAAUGAUGAUGAUCCUUUUGGGCAUGUAAAAGGGGCUGUAAAAUCAGAUAUGAUAAGAAUGACCCUGCAGAGAGCUAAAGAUGCACAGGAUCUUGGACUUUCUAUUGAACUUCUUCCCUUGAGUUUCCCUAAUGAAGUGUUCAAAGUAUCUCAAUUCUAUGCUGAUUUGAUUGGGUUGGAAGGAGAUGAUCUUGUUGACUUUAUGCCAGCAGCAGGAAACAAGUAUGUCAAAGAAGAGAUAUAUGGUGAUAGGAUAAUAGGAGCUGGGAGCAGAGUUAGGGGAACCAUGGACUCAGGUUGUGGGGAGCCCAACCUACUUGCAACCCAUUACCAUCCAUAUAGGUAUGAUACACAAAAUGAAGCUGAAAAGUUGGUAGAUGAGAUGCUGCAAGCAGGGAUAAUACAGUAUAACACACAGACGGGCAGCAGAGAAAACACCAUCAGAAAAUUGGAGGAUAUGAAAGAUCAGUUAAGAAAACGCAUGUUUACGAAGCGCAUAGUCAAAAGACUUAAAUUCACAAUAGUCAAUGGGAUAACAAUUGAACUCAAUUCUUAUGCUUUAAUUCGUCACACUGUCCCUGGAGCUAUCACAUGGCUUGAUUCUGUUACUAAUCGUCCUUUAAAGAAUCACAAUGUCCUUGAGUUCUCCUUGAGUGAAAGAACAUUCAUUUGUGGUGAUACUGGUGCAUUGGUGGAAGAAUCUACUAGACGGUUUCAUCCUUAUAAAAAGUAUACAUUUCUUUCUUCUUGCUUAGAAGGUAAGAGUGAUAAUGUAGCAUCAUGGUGUUGGAAGGCUUUUUGUAGGAAUAGGGUCUCAAAAAAGCACUACUUGCAGAGGGUUGGGGGAUUGUCUGCUAUCUGGUCUUUGGAGGAUAAUAAUGUGCAUCCUGUCACCAGGAAUCUUGGUACAGACAGCAGCAUGUGCACCUUUAUUGCCCUUCAUAGGUCCAUGAUACAACUCAAUCGUUUUGCUGUAGCAUUUAGUGGUAGUUCCUCUCGCCCUCAAUUGGUUGCUCUAAUUGCGCAGGACGAAGUUAUUCAAUUAGGUUGUCAGAUUGAGCCGCCAGGAAUGCACAUGAUUUAUCUUCCAUAUUCUGAUGACAUCAGAGUUGUUGAAGAGCGUUAUUUAGAUACAAGUGGGAUGGUGACUAAAGCAAGUGCUGAUCAAAUAAAAAAGGCAGCUGACUUAAUUAAGCGUGUUGACUUGAAAGAGUUUUCUGUAUCCCAAUUUACCAACCCUGCCUUGCAAAGACACUAUGCUGUAUUGCAGGCAUUGGCAUUGGAAGAAGAUGAUAUUCCGGAAAUGAAAGAUGAAACAUUACCUGACGAAGAAGGCUUGGCGAGACCAGGAGUGGUGAGGGCAUUAGAAGAAUUCAAAACCUCUGUAUAUGGAGAUAAUUAUGAUGAGGAAAAUGUGCAAGGCAUUGGGAAGCCGACUGAAGCUUCAAAGAAACGAAAAGCAAAUGCAGAGUUUGCUACAAAAGAGUGUGAACAAUAUGACUGGAGUGAGCUUGCUGAUACGGGAAAGUUAAAGGACUUGACUGUGGUUGAGUUGAAAUAUUAUCUUACAGCACAUAAUCUUCCUGUUUCUGGGAAGAAGGAGGCCAUAGUUAGCCGAAUAUUAAGCCACAUGGGAAAAUGA